AUGGAACGACGCGAAGUUUACACUACCCAGCAACCAGAUGGCACUUAUGUCACGACAACAACGCGAACUCAAACGAAAUAUGCAGAGGUGCUACCAGAGUCCCUAUCCUCAUUUUCUAAUUAUUCUAAAAAACUUCUUCUUUUUCAGGACAAGGUAUACGGAUGUGGUAUAGGUCAAACAAACAAGUAUUAUUGUUGUGGCCCUUAUGGCAUUCUUCGUAUCCUUGAAAUUGUAAGUGCUGACUUACUUUCACUUAUUUACAGCUAUAAACUUUAUUUUUUUCAGCUGUUGUGCUUAAUCUUGAUAUCUCUGAUUACGUCAGUAUUCGGCCCAGGGCCAUUCAAGGGAGCCUGGAGAUUGCUAAAACAUUAUGCUUAUCCACUUAUCUUAGGAAUACUAUUUGGCCAAACACUGCUUUUAAUCUUCGCUGGUAUAGCCAUGUGUCUCACUUUCAUCUUUCUUAUCGUAUACUUCUUCACCUUAAAUGAAACUCAUCUCGAUUUUUGGCCCUGGAGAACGACG